ACAACCACAGCAGACUUCAUUGUCGUCCCUUCAUUUCCGCGUCAUCCCCUCUUCUUUAUUGUCAAUCAACACGAGAUGAGGGUUCAAUCAUUUGCUCGAGCGCAAUCGUUGGCAUCGGGUUGUUUGCGCACUUCCAUCCGCUCGACUGCGCGAGCCCCUUCGCGGAAAGCUUUGUCGACCGCUACGCUCACACGAUCGGCGUUUGCCAGUGGGACAAAGACGGAGACAUGGAUCCAGAAUCAGAGGUCAAUUAAUCAGAAGAGAUGGCAGUCUGCUGCUGCUGAUGUGAUGGCAAAGGCCAGCGCUGAUCCAAGCACCUUAUCCCAACAAACAAUUGUCGAGAACUUGGAUCCGGUAGAAGCGGCUCGAUUGUCGAGAGUCAGGAAUAUUGGUAUUGCAGCACACAUUGACUCUGGAAAAACCACCGCAACGGAACGCGUUCUCUUCUACACCGGCCGAAUCAAUAGCAUACACGAAGUUCGCGGCAAAGACUCCGUUGGCGCAAAGAUGGACUCGAUGGAUCUUGAAAGAGAAAAGGGAAUCACCAUCCAGUCUGCUGCAACUUACUGUGACUGGGUGAAGAAGGAGAAUGGAAAAGAAGAGAAAUACCACAUCAAUUUGAUUGACACACCUGGCCAUAUUGAUUUCACAAUUGAGGUAGAACGUGCGCUACGAGUGCUCGAUGGGGCCGUCAUGAUCCUCUGCGCCGUGAGUGGUGUACAGAGUCAGACCAUCACAGUGGAUAGGCAGAUGAGGCGAUACAAUAUUCCCCGAAUCUCCUUCGUAAACAAAAUGGACCGCAUGGGAGCAAACCCGUGGAAGGCUGUACAGCAAAUCAACGAGAAGCUUCGCAUACCCGCAGCUGCCUUGCAAGUGCCCAUUGGACGCGAGGAUGGGUUCUUGGGUGUGGUAGAUUUGAUCAGGAUGAAGGCCAUCUACAACGAGGGUGCCAAGGGCGAGGUUAUUGUUGAGAAGGAUGAGAUACCGGCGGAUAUCGUUGAUCUUUGCAACGAAAAGAGACAAGAGCUGAUUGAGAAGUUGGCGGAUGUGGACGAUGAAAUCGCUGAGAUCUUCCUUGACGAACGGACACCGACUCAAGAACAGAUCAAGGCCGCGAUUCGUAGAGCCACAAUCUCGUUGAAGUUCUCGCCCGUGUUGAUGGGUUCCGCCCUGGCCGACAAGUCCGUACAACCGAUGCUCGAUGCCGUCUGCGAUUACCUACCCAACCCUGCCGAAGUGGAAAACAUGGCUCUGGACAAGAAGAGAAAGGAAGCUCCUGUGAAGCUCGUCUCAUAUAACUCUCUCCCCUUUGUUGGGCUGGCUUUCAAGCUGGAAGAGAGCAAUUUCGGGCAAUUGACGUAUAUCCGAGUUUAUCAAGGAACACUUCGAAAGGGUCUGAACGUGUUUAACGCACGAUCGGACAAGAAGGUCAAGAUCCCCAAGAUUGUGCGUAUGCACUCGAACGAAAUGGAGGAGGUACAAGAGAUUGGUGCCGGAGAAAUUUGCGCUGUGUUUGGCGUUGAUUGUGCAUCUGGAGACACCUUCACUGACGGCUCCCUUGGUUACACUAUGUCCUCCAUGUUCGUUCCGGAGCCCGUCAUCUCUCUGUCCAUCAAGCCCAAGAACAACAGAGACACACCCAACUUCUCCAAAGCCAUGAGCCGCUUCACGCGCGAAGACCCCACGUUCCGUGUCCACGUCGAUCCUGAAUCCCAGGAAACCGUCAUCUCCGGCAUGGGUGAGCUCCACCUGGACAUCUACAUAGAGCGCAUGCGCCGUGAGUACCGCGUCGAUUGCGAGACAGGCCAGCCUCAAGUCGCCUACCGCGAGACCAUCACCAAGCGCGUCGACUUCGACCACACACUCAAGAAGCAAUCUGGAGGAGCCGGAGACUUUGCCCGUGUCAUCGGAUGGAUGGAGCCCGCGGAAUCACUCGAAACCAACAAGUUCGAGCAGCUCAUCACAGGAGCCAGCAUCCCCGAGAAGUUCCUAUACGCCUGCGACAAGGGAUUCCAAGCCAGUUGCGUCAAGGGACCACUGCUCGGCCACAAAGUGCUCGGCACCAAUAUGGUGAUCAACGACGGUGCGACGCACAUGGUCGAUUCCUCGGAAAUGUCCUUCAAGAUGGCCACGCAGCAAGCCUUCCGCAAAGCCUUCCAAGCUGCCGCCCCGCAGGUCCUCGAACCCCUCAUGAAGACAACCAUCACCGCCCCCAACGAGUUCCAGGGCAACAUUGUCGGCCUGCUCAACAAGCGCAACGCCGUCAUCAACGAGACGGACAUCGGCGCAGAGGACUUUACCCUCUACGCCGACUGCAGCCUCAACUCCAUGUUUGGCUUCUCCUCGCAGCUCCGCGCAAACACCCAGGGCAAAGGCGAGUUCUCCAUGGAGUUUAGCCACUACCAUCCCGCGCCCCCGCAGCUCCAGAGGGAGCUCAUUGCCAAAUUCGAAAAGGAGCAGAAGGAUAGGAACUCGUAGAUUCUCGCUCCAUCGAUCCCUCGUUCGUUUCAUCGGUGCGAUCCAUCGAUGCGACCAAUGGAUCAAUGGAUGCGGUGAGGAAGCAGAGUGCGAGGUGCGAGCUAGCCUCCAUCCCCCCCCCCCCCCCCCCCUCCCC